AAGCCAGCCGCAGACUUUCACGUAAUAGUAUCUCGCGCCUACGGGGAAUUGGUGGUGGUUCUCUAUAAGACAGGGCUACCACUUCAGGAAUCUCAGAAUUUCAAAAAGUAUAAAGACUGCAUCAAAUCCCCGCCAGUUCUAUCAUAACACAGCACACUUCAGUACAGAUCUUCCUCGCCUCCAUUUGCAUAAUAUUUCAACUUCAAGCAACCGCCUCUAAAAAACAAUCAUGAAGCUAUCACUUGCAACCUCAGCACUUUUGGCUUUGGCCAGUGCAGUCGCGGUCCCAGGAACUACCCACGAGGCCGAGAGAAUCCCAGUACCAGAAGGCUUCUUUGAGUCCCACAUUGGCUCUGUGGGCUUUACUCUUGUCCCAGCUGAGCCCCUCAAGAUGGCUGCCAGAGCCAUCACCCACGUCUACGUUUGUAUCAACGCCGACUUUAAGCCCGCGUGCUCAAACUUGCAAGUUAACACUGGCAGCUGCUACAACUUGGUAGGCAAUUGGAAUGAUGCAAUCUCCUCCAUCGGCCCUGACGCAGGAACGACCUGCACACUUUGGUUUGAUGCGGGAUGCUCUGGUCGCUCAGUCGUUAACAUCAUCAACCCUGGCAUCUGGAAUUUGGGCGAUUUCAACUUCAACGACGUCGCCAGUUCCAUCAAAUGCGUCUAACUUCGACUUCACGCAUUAUCUCACUUCCUAAGCUUAGGCUUGGAUCAGUAUUCGAACCGGUUAUGGACAGUCGAUUCCUCCUAGACUUCUAUUGGGUGUUGGGUUUAUACUAAAAGGGGCGGAGGAAAGGUGAUGCACGGUUUAUUCGUUUACGCGGUAUAACUAG